AUGAACGGGUCGAAAAUCCCUUUUAAAAACCAUUACGAUAUAGUCUAUUACGGCGAACCGGACGACCUGUGUCAUAACGAAGACAAGGAAGAGGGUAGGCCGGUAUGGAACAAAUGGAUUGGAAACAGGGAAAUCUUCAGUCCUCAGUACAUAUAUCAUAUUACGUCGCACAGAUCGAUGCUUGACGAUUUAAUUAGAAAAAACAAUGACACACUGGCGAUGUUUAACCUUAACGAGCAGUUUUACUCAAUAUGCAGAUCAAUGAACAUAAAGAAGACGAAGCCAAUAUACGGAAUGUUGUUGACAAUAAUAAAGGAACAAGUGUUCGAGCAGUUCCAAUUCGAUGAGCUGAAGAACAUAAUAGGAGCACUGUACUAUAUCCAUAAAGUUAAAAGGUGCUCAUACAAGCACACACAGGAAGGCGUCAUAUCAGUAAUGAAAAACAGAGAACUGAAGGAGGAAAUGUUCGAAAAUUAUAUAGAAACGUUUUCAAAGGUGCUUAAAGUUGAUGAAAUAUCAGAAGAGGAAGUGAAGCACGGAGUGAGAAAGGUGAUAAACAGAGUGAUGGAGUACCUGAAAACAAAUGAGAACAAGAUAGACUUUAAAAUAGAAGAUGUGUACGAUUUGUACGAUGAAACAGAAGAAACGGACGAUAAAGAGGUGGUAGAAUACAAUAAUUAUGAUAAAUACAAAAGUAAGGAGUACAAGGAAGGUGGAUAUGACGAUUUUGAUGACCCUUACUAUGAAGAUAGCGAUGAAGAAGGGAUUGGAGGCUUUGGUAAAUGGUAUGAUAAUGAUGAGGAUAAUGAUGAAUAUGAACAUAACAGGGAAUGUAAAAGGACGGGAUGUAGCAAAGAACAUUAUUAUCAACAUAAUAGUAAAGGUUAUGAACGAAGGGGAGAGGAUGAAGGAAGGAGUAGUAAGGUGAGUACAGAAGAAAAAAGAGUAAGCGAAGAGCUGAAGAGAGUAUUAAUAAGUAAGAUGGAGAGUCACUAUGAAGAGAUCAUGGAAACAUCAUUAAAGAUAUUUGAAAUCAUAAAGAGUAAUGAGUUGAAUAAGGAAAUGAUGGAAAGUGGAAGAAUGAGUAGAAUAAAAUAUAGGAAGUUGAUCAUACCAACAGUAGUAUUCGUAACAGCAUCGUCAUAUGAAGUGGAAAUGAUGGGAAGGUACGUAGCAGAAGGGCUUAAUAUGGAGCAGGGAGAGUUGAUAUACAGCAGUAAGCUGGUGGUAGAGUGGCUGAAAAACGUGUUGAUAAAAAGGUACAGAUAUAAAAUAUAUAACGCAAGCCUGUUCCUUCAAGUAGUAAGGUCGCUAAAAAGAGGAGAGGGAAAUGUGUGUGAAUUAGACAAUUAUAAAAGGAUGUGUGAAUUAGAUAAGGAUGGAAAUCAAGAAAGUAAAGAAAGAAUAAAAGAAAUAAGAUUAUGGGAAGUAAUAUGCGACAACGGAAGAAAGGUGCCGAAAAGAAUUAUAAAUGAAAGAAUAGAUAUAUUAUUAAAUUAUAUAGUACAAAAUUUAAAUGAAGAAAUGAAAAAAGUAACACUGAAGAAAGAAGGAAUUAAAAUAUGGUUUACAAAAAAGGAAGUGAUACAAUACGAAGAAGUGAUGGAAGAUGUGAAAGUGUUAUAUAGGAAAAAAAAAUAUGAUGAAUUUAGAAGACAAAUUAGAAUAACACAAAACAAUCAUCAGUUAAUAUAUAAAUUGGUAGUAAUGAAUAGAAAAAAAAUAGAAAUUACAACAAUGGAGUUAAUAAAAAUAGUAAACGAUAACGGAUUUAUGGAAAUGAUAAGUGAAGUUAAGCUGUCAAAAUACGCAAUCAAUAAACAUAUGGUAAAUAGCAUGGUGUUAAUAGCAAUAAGAUUAAUGAAAAUACCAAUCAGCUCAAGAAUGUUGUUCCUGUACGUAAAAAGACCAGAAGGGUCGUUCUAUAUAAGUAUGAAAAAAAUAAUGAAAAUUAUGGUAAAAGUAAUAGAAAGUAAACAAAAGUGUAAAAUAAGUACAAUGGAAGAGUUCUUAGAAAGAAUAGUAAAGGAAAAUGAUUUGGAAAAAAUGGUAGUAAAAACAGAAGAGUUGAUGAAAUUGGUAAAAGAGUAA